GUUGAGGGUCUCUCUCCCCUGUCCUUCAAAACCAUAUUUAAGGCCACAACAGCCGAGGCGAGGGAGGGAGGAAGAGAAGCUAAGGAGCAUUGGAGAAGGCGAAGAGGAUCAGAGAGGGAGAAUGUCGUGGCAAACCUACGUCGACGAGCACUUGAUUUGCGACAUUGAGGGCCAGCGGCUAACGGCGGCGGCAAUCAUGGGCCACGAUGGCAGCGUUUGGGCACAGAGUGCUUUGUUUCCUCAGUUCAAGCCAAGCGAAAUCUCUGCUAUAAUGAAUGACUUCAACGAACCAGGAUCCCUUGCACCCACUGGCUUGCAUCUCGGGGGUACAAAAUACAUGGUGAUCCAGGGGGAGCCUGGAGCUGUAAUUCGCGGAAAGAAGGGAUCAGGAGGCAUCACUAUUAAGAAGACCAACCAGGCCCUGAUAAUUGGCAUCUAUAAUGAGCCCAUGACCCCUGGACAGUGUAACAUGGUCGUCGAAAGGCUGGGUGACUAUCUCCUUGAUCAGGGCCUCUAACUCUAUUUUUCAAAAAUAAAAAAAUAUAAAAAUAAAAUAAGAAAUAUUUCUGCAACAUUCUUAUAAGAGUUUAUACUUGAUAUGUCAUAUAGAUGGCAGAUGGAUCUCCAUAUGUUGUGUGUUGGGAUUUGGUUUUCUGCCCAUUUUAUUUAUUUAUUUUUUAAGCAAA